AGAAGAUUCAUUCAGGGCGUUCAUUUCACAUUAGUCAAGAGCGGUAUUGACAGCACACACGAAAACAUCGAACAGUUAACUAAACUUUUAUUUUCAUUUCAUUUCGUUAACGUUGAAAAAUCGGUUCGUUUUUGAAAUGAGCACUGGCGAUUGCAGUUCCGAUGAGGAUUUGGCUCCAGACCACGUCCCAUAUUCGGAACGCAAAGAAUGGGCUGAUGUCAUACCCAUCGAACAAGAUGAUGGCCAAAAUCCAGUUGUUUUGAUUGCGUAUAGUGAAAAAUUCAAAGACGUUUACGAUUACUUCCGUGCAAUUCUGUCCAAACAAGAGAAAUCGUUGCGAGCAUUAGAUUUGACCAAAGAUGCAUUACGAUUGAAUGCUGCCAAUUACACGGUGUGGCAGUAUCGGCGAGACAUUAUCAAGGCAUUGAAUUUGGAUUUAGAAAAUGAAUUGGAUUAUUCGGAGGAGGUCAUUCUGGACAAUCCAAAGAACUAUCAGGUGUGGCAUCACAGACGCGUUAUUGUCGAAUGGCUGAGCAAUCCGGAUAAGGAACUUCGGCUCACCGAAGACGUUCUCAAUAUGGACGCUAAAAAUUAUCAUGCAUGGCAACACAGACAAUGGGCUAUUAAGACUUACAGCUUGUUCGAUGAUGAGCUGACCUACGUUGACCGCCUGAUCUCGGAGGAUGUUCGAAAUAAUUCCGCUUGGAACCAACGGUUUUUCGUACUUAAACACACCGGAUUUACGACGGAUGUGCUGCAACGCGAGAUAAACUAUGUAAAAAUGCGGAUCCAUUUUGUGAAGAACAAUGAGAGCACAUGGAAUUUCCUGCGAGGAUUACUUCAACAAGGAGAUGGUACAAUGGAUCAAUUUCCGGAGGUAGUCGAUUUCUGUGAAGAAUUAUACACAGCUGGUGUCCGAUCUCCGCAUCUCAUCGCUUUCCUAAUCGACUUGUACGAAGAGAAGUGCAUUCGGGGCAACACCGACGAGGAUAACGUCGAAGAAUUGUCAAAGAAAGUUUUCGAUUACUGUAAGAUGAUGGCGACCGAUGUGGAUAAGAUUCGUGAAAAAUAUUGGGAAUAUGUGGCCGGAAAUUUUAAAAUUCAAAUGGACAGACGUACGGCAAACAAUAAGAAAUCGCCGGUCGUAGACAGUGAAAACGAACCGUUUGUGGUAUAAUGGGGUCGUUUACAAUGAUUUUGCCAUUUUCGUUUCAUUUUAGUUUCACACAAAAUAAAGUUUGAAUUCCAAUCUCAUCACAAUCUGUGACGAGGCCAACCCUCAUUCAUUUGAAUAAUAAAAAGAAGUCCAACCAAACAACAAAA